AUGUGCUUUUUCCUGCUGUUUAUUGGAGAUGGAAAUUUGGGAAUACAAAGUGUGACCUGUAGAAGGUUUGGAGCAGCAAAUCCCAGAUUUCUGCAGGGAUGGUGUGUUUCAGGGGCAGGUGGGCAGUUCUGGGGUGGCUCUGCCUCACGAGGUGUAUCCAGGUACAGAACCUCUGGGGGGAGUUCCCAGGGCUGUCACUGCUGUCCCCAAGCCAGCUCUGGGGGUAAAACAAACUAUUGCAGUGGAAUCCAGAGCUGUCACCGUAACUGUGCCCUGUCAGCCCAAGGUCUGCACCUCCCUGAAGGACACUGGUGCAAGAGCAGCUGCAGCCAAGUGAGGGAAGUGUUGGAUCCAUCCCUUCAGCCCAGUGCUGAGAACAAAAACAGUGUGGAGAGCUGGGAGAGGCAGAUCCAGGGCCCUGAGGCCGUGGCAGAGCUCGUAAACCGAGCGGCCCGCGUGCGAGGCCCGGCCGGCAGCGAUGGCCGUGGCGUUUCCAUGGCCCGCCGCGCUCCCCGCGCUAUUGAGCCGCGAUCUCAUGGCUGGAAUUCCGUGGACGCAGCUGCUGCAUCAGCGCCCCCCGGGGAAUUCUGCUGCUCUGGUCAGAAGCAACCCAUAAAUAGCGGGGCCGCCCGCGCCGCCCGGCACAGCGGAACCACACGGACAGGCACAAUGACCGAGCAGCAAAGUCCCCCCGAGCAGAUGGCGACUGGGGAGGGUGCUGGCGAGCGAGGAGGCACCUACAAGGUCACCCUCUACGAGCUGGAGAAUUUCCAGGGGAAAAGGUGUGAGCUGACAGAGGAGCUGCCCAACAUCACCGAGAAGGAGAUGGAGAAGGUGGGCUCCAUCCAGGUGGAGUCUGGCCCGUGGCUGGGCUUCGAGCGCCAGGCCUACGCUGGGGAGCAGUUCGUGCUGGAGAAGGGCGACUACCCCCGCUGGGACUCGUGGUCCAACAGCCACAGCAGCGACAGCCUGAUGUCCAUCCGGCCCAUCCAGAUUGACAGCGCUGACCACAAGAUCCACCUGUUUGAGAACGCGGGCUACACCGGGCGCAAGAUGGAGAUCGUGGAUGACGACGUGCCCAGCCUGUGGGCCCACGGCUUCCAGGACCGUGUGGCCAGCGUCAAGGCCCUGAAUGGAACGUGGGUGGGCUACGAGUACCCCGGGUACCGGGGCCGCCAGCACGUCUUUGAGAAGGGCGAGUACCGGCACUGGAACGAGUGGGACGCCAACCAGCCCCUGAUCCAGUCCGUGCGCCGCGUGCGGGACCAGCAGUGGCACCAGCGGGGCUCCUUCGAGAACAGCUGAGGGAGCCCGACCCCGCCGGGGCCGCUCCAGGGCUCCCCCCGCUGCUGCUGCCGUGACCGUGGUGUUCUCUUUGUGCAAAAACCUCAAUAAAGCUCUGAGCUG